GAAGUCUAGUAAUUAUGCAAUUUGUAAAUUAAUUAGAGAGAGAGAGGGGGGAGGGGGGGGGGGAGAGACACUGAGACUGAUGGAUUACCAGUUGAAAGUAGUAACAGGUUUUCUGGUUGUUAAUUGCUGCUAGUAUUUGUAUCAGAAAUUAUUAUGCGAAGCUGUAGCUAGAAAUAAUUAAGGCAUGCAUACAUGUCUGAGUCUGAGAUGGAGGGGUGGAGGAAAAACGUAUGGUCAUGGUGGAAAAAGAAAACCGCACAUAUACUGUCAUCUUCUUCAAAGCCUUGGCGGGUUAUGGGGCCAUUCAUUAUGAUUCUGGGGAUAGUGAUGGUAGUGCUAUUGGUUGGUUCCAAAGGUCGUAACUGGGAUUUCGCUGCAUCAAAUUACCAUCAUCAUCCUUGGGCGGCGUGGAACUGGCCGCCUUCUAAUUCUGUGAUUACCGAUUCAAAUUUUUCUGCUGAUGCUACUUCAGCCUUGAGCUCAAACGUUGUCGUUCAAGAUCCUACCACGCUUUCAGUUUCACCACCAAAAGAUGGCGGAGCAGCUGCAACAAUGCGUGCUACUGAUGAUCAUUUUGGUGAUCAUCACCCACGAACUCCUUCGGGAAGCGGUGGCGGAACAAAUAAUAGUGAGCUAGAGGCAGCUGCACUUUUGUCUCGUGACCACAUUUUCAGCCACUCUGGUUCAUUACCACCACAGCUUGGUGUUCAUGUUGGAGAAACAAAUAAUCAACCAGCAGAAACAGAAAAGGAACUCGAUAUUACCAAGAAUAGGACCACGAUUUCUUCUGUCAAUGGAACUCACACCCCACCAGGGCCACCACUGAAUGCGAGCCUAAACAAUAGGUCUAGCAAGUUAGGGAGGCUUGAAGCAAGGAUGUGGCAGGCUCUAUUGGAGAUUGGAGGAGCUUAUACCAACGGAAAUCAGUCGUCAUAUGAUCCUGACUACGUACCGACAGGCCCCAUGUACUGGAACGCCAAUGCCUUCCAUAGGAGCUACUUGGAAAUGGAAAGGCAGUUCAAGGUGUAUGUGUACAAAUAAGGGGAGCCUCCUAUUUUUCACAAUGGUCCUUGUAAAAGCAUUUAUUAGCUAUGGAGGGGAAUUUUAUUCAUCAAAUGGAGAUGACCAAGUUUAGGACCAGGGACCCAAAUAAAGCACAUGUUUACUUCCUUCCAAUGAGUGUGACAGCAAUCGUCCACUUCAUAUAUGAAAGCAAAUUGAGGGAUCAUUGGAAACCAAUGAAACGCACAGUCAGCGAUUAUGUGGAUCUUGUUUCUGGAAAAUACCCUUACUGGAAUCGAAGCCUUGGAGCAGAUCAUUUCAUCCUUGCUUGCCAUGAUUGGGUAAAUUUGAGAUGAACCAUAUAUGAAAUUUUCUUUUCCAUUUGCUUGGCUCGAGAACCAGCUCGAGAACCAGCCCAUCAUCCCUUUGUAUUGUCUCAAAUCUGGAAACUUCAAAUAGUUAAAAGCUUGAUUGCACGUUGCAGGGGCCUGA